AUGGCAGAGAUACAGGGUUCUGGUGGCCCUCUGCCGGCCAUCCCUGAUGAUAUGACCAUCGUCCAGUUCAUGCUAGAUUACCGCCAUCCAAGCAGACCUGCCGCAAGGAACGCCUGGUUUAUCGAUGAUGUGACAGGGAGACGAAUUGGUGAAGAUGAGAUUCGCUUUCGUACUGACGCCUUGGCAAAUGGGUUGAGCUCUAGGUGGCCGAUAGAAGAAAACGAUGUUGUGUGCAUAUUCAGCCCAAACCACAUAGAUUACCCCGUGGUUUUCUGGGCAUUGCAGAGAAUCGGCGCGACUGUAACGUUCGUAGCGGCCCAACGAUUCGUGAUCGAGCUGAACUUCGCGAUCCAUAGCACUGCAAACCCUGCCUACACCGCAGAUGAACUCAUGCAUCAGCUCAAGACUACCAAGGCCAAAUACCUCCUCGUCCAUUCAUUCGUAUACUCAGUGGCACUAUCAGCGGCACGUGCAGUCGGCAUUCCGACGGAUUUCAUCGUCCUUGUAGACUCACGUGGGAUCAGCGAGCAUUCUACCAUCCAGUCACUUAUCGAGGUGGGCUGGCAUGGGCCGAGGAGAUACAAAGAACCCCGUCUGCGGCCAGGAGAGGCCAAGACGAGAAUUGCGAUGCUGUGUUUCUCGAGCGGAACGACUGGGCUUCCAAAGGCAGUCGCGAUUCCGCACUACGCGGUGAUCGCCAACGUGAUCCAAGUCGCUACGUACGCGAAUGCGGAUCCGAAUCCCUGGGAGCGCAAGAUGCAUCGUCCUGGUGACGUCGUACUGGCCGUUCUCCCCUUCUACCACGGCUAUGGUUUGAUUUUCAUCUUGCACUCUGUGCUCUUCUAUAGCAUGACCUUGGUCGUAGUCCCAAAAUUCGACUUUGUGAGCAUGCUAAAGAGCAUCGAGCGUUACCGAAUCAACUACCUACCCAUCGUACCACCGAUUGUCGUCCUCCUUUGCAAGCACCCUGAAGUAAGCAAGCACGACCUCAGCUCGAUUCGAGUGAUCCUCUCUAGCGCUGCACCAGUAUCAAGGGAGGUCACCCAACAGCUCAUGCAUAUCUUCCCAGAUGCGUCUAUCGCACAGGGUUAUGGCCUAACGGAGACCACCGUGACCCUGUCGAUGCCUCGACUUGACAUGAAAAUCGCUACGCCAGGUAGUUCAGGAGUCCUGUUACCAGGCGUGACUGCACGGAUAUUGCGAGCGGACGGAAGCCUCGCAUCGCGCAACGAGCCGGGCCAGCUGGUGGCGACGGGCCCUGCCAUGGCUCUGUGCUAUUCGAACAACGAACAAGCCACCAAGGAAACGUUCGUGGAUGGAUGGGUGUACACAGGCGAUGAAGUGAUGUUCGAUGAUAACGGAGAGCUUUUCGUCAUUGACCGUAUUAAGGAGCUGCUCAAGGUGAAGGGCUUUCAAGUGGCCCCGGCGGAGCUGGAAGGCUUCCUGUUAAAUCAUUCGGACGUGUCCGACGUUUGCAUUGCGGGUAUACCAGACGAUUUCCAAGGCGACUUGCUUCUAGCCUUUGUCGUACUCAACGGUGCGGCCCAGCGACGCAUUCGAGAGGAUCCUGCGCAUGCCGACGCAAUCAGAGCCGCCCUCAUCCAGUACGUCGCACGAGGAAAAGCUGCCUACAAGCAAUUGACAGCUGGGGUGGAGUUCGUUGAGGCGAUUCCAAGAAACCCUAGUGGGAAACUGUUGCGUCGAACCCUCCGCGACCGCGCGAGAGAGCUGUGGAGAACCGGGAUGUUGACAUCGAGCACGAAAGCCAGGCUUUGAUAGCACUACAUCGGUGAACUCUUACCAGUGAACGCUUUGCUGUUCAGUCAAUAUCAGCCGUGCCCUGCAUCGCGAAGAUCCGUGUGGCAAGAAGCACUUAGAGUAACCAGCUAUCGUUAUGCAUCGCGUACACAUUUACAAGACUUCCAAGCGCGUCAACGCGAUAUUGAUCUGAGGU